AUGGAUAAAACAAAAGAAAUAUUUUAUGAUAAAGAGAAAAAGUUUUUUUUAUAUUUGAUGAUAUACAUUAGUAGAUUUUUUAUGAGUGAUGAAGAAAUAGUUAUUUUUGAUUUAUUCGUUCAUAAUGAAUGUUUAUAUUUAGAAAAAGAUAUAAUUAAUAGUAUUAAUAUGAAUGAACAUAAAAUAAGAAGUAUUUUAUCAAAAUUAUUAAGAGAUAAAUUUAUUAUCGAAGUUCAAAAAUAUAAAAAUAAUGAGAAAGGGUCAAACUGUCAAACAUAUUAUUGUUUAAAUAAUUAUAUUGUGUAUGUUAUUGACUUUAGAAUAAAACAAAUGGAAAAUGAAAUUCAAAAAAAAAAAAAUGAAAGUGAUAUAUAUAUUUGCAAUUAUUGCAAUAGUACUUAUUCUCAAUUAGAUGCGCAAACUCUUCCAUUAGAUUCAUAUGAUGCUCAUUUUUUGUGUUUCUGCAAUAAUAAAAUUGAGCUAAUCGAAAAUGACGAUAACAACGACGAAAAAAUUUAUAAUAAAUACACAAAAUAUUUAAACAUUUUAAAAGAACAUAUAGAAAAAUUAAAAAAUUAUUUUAUACCUUUAUAUACAGAGAAAUUUAAUAGGAGUAAUUUAAAUUCGUCUAAUUCAUUUUUAUCAGAUAAUUCAUCAGAAGGAUCAAUAACAAAUAAUUCAUCGGAAAUAUCAUUAACUAAUAAUUCAUCUUUAAUAUCACAAAUACAACUUAAUGAAAGUGAUGAAAAUGGGAAAAGAAAAAAAGAAGAAACAUAUACAGAUACUUGUAGUAGUGUUAUAAGAAAAAAUAAAAAAAUAAAAAUAUGUAUGAAUGUAAAAACUAAGAACAUCUUAAGAAAAAAUUUAAAUGAUGACAAAAUAAAAAUAUCAAAUAUAGUAAAUGAUACAAAAGAAGAAAACAUAGUUAAUAAAAAUAAUGAUGCAGCUGAAAAUAAUGAAUCUUCUGAAAAAUCUAAUAAAAAUACUAAAAAUAUAACAAAUGAACAAGAAAAAGAACCUGAAUUUCCUCUUUUUUUUAUUCAGAAAUUUAAUAAAAAAUUUACACUUAUUGAGGCACAAAAAUUACAACAGGACAUGUCACAAGAAGAAUUUGAAAACUUCAUGGAAUUACAAGAUAUAUAUUUGGAUAAAUUAUAA